AUGGCUGCCAAGGUCGACGCUCCGGCACCGCAACUCAGCGGCGUUCAGCUGUACUCCAGAUUCGCCCUCGCCGGCGCCAUCUGCUGUUCCGUCACCCACGGUGGCAUGACCCCCGUCGAUGUCGUCAAGACCCGUAUCCAGCUCGACCCCGUCACCUACAACAAUGGCAUGAUCGGCGGCUUCAAGAAGGUCGUUCAGGCCGAGGGCGCUGGUGCCCUUCUCACCGGUGUCGGCCCUACCUUCGCCGGUUACUUCCUUCCAGGGCGCCUUUCAAGUUCGGCGGUUACGAGUUCUUCAAGCAGCAGUUCGAUCAACUACCUCGGCUACGAGACCGCCUCCAACUACCGGACUGGUGUCUACCUCGCCUCGUCCGCCCUCGCCGAGUUCUUCGCCGAUAUUGCCCUCUGCCCGCUCGAGGCCACCCGUAUCCGUCUCGUCUCCGAGCCCACCUAUGCCAGCGGCCUUGUCAGCGGCUUCGGCAAGAUGCUGAAGCAGGAGGGUGUCGGCGCUUUCUACGCCGGUUUCGGCCCCAUCCUGUUCAAGCAGAUCCCCUACACCAUGACCAAGUUCGUCGUGUACGAGAAGGUCGCCGAGGCCGUCUUCCGCGUCUUCCCCAAGAAGGACCUGUCCGACGGCAUGCAGACCGUCGUCAACCUUGGUAGCGGUCUGAUGGCCGGUUUCGCCGCCGCCAUCGUCUCGCAGCCCGCCGACACCAUGCUCAGCAAGAUCAACAAGACCAAGGGCGCCCCUGGUGAGGGCACCACCACUCGCCUGAUCAAGAUCGCCAAGGAGCUUGGUCUCCGCGGCUCCUACGCCGGUAUUGGUGCCCGUCUCUUCAUGGUCGGCACCCUCACUGCCGGCCAGUUCGCCAUCUACGGUGACGUGAAGAAGAUUCUCGGCGCUACCGGUGGUGUUGAGAUCAGCAAAUAA